AAAUUCGAGCGAACAAAAAUGUCAGCAACGAGUCGAUCCGUGAAAAAACCUCCAAAUAUUCUGGAGAAGAAAAUCCACAAGAAUCCAAAGUAUGAUCAUAUUGGCGCAACCGUUGACACGGGAGCCAGCAUUUCAAGAUAUGAACAAAAGAUCGAAGAAAUGCGGAAAAAUUACAAAUACAGGAAGGAUGAAAUUUUCAAGAGAAUGAAGGUUUCAACCUUAGCACAGCUGAUCCUUCAAGUUGCAGAAGCAGUAAGCUUGGAACAGGAAAGAAACAGUAUAUCAACAGCUGGAGGUGAAAGUGUGAUGUCCGAUGAAACUAUCACAGCUGAAGAUAAAGAGACACCAAGAGAGGGUGAAGGUAUCCCUCCCUUAAAUCUAGAAGAUGACGAGGCCAGACCAGACUCCACAGCAAGAAGUAGUGCACGCUCAACUCUACAAAGUCUCAUACAUGGUGUUGGAGAAGUUGACAUACGAGACAAGGAUGAAAAAGAAGACAACAGCUUUGAUGAAGAACAGUUAUCAGUUCCUGAAGUUGAAUCUCUGCCUUAUCUUUUGCUGGAUGUUAGAGAUGAAGAUGCCUAUAAGCAAUGUCAUAUCAUAGGAGCUCUUAGUUAUCCUUCUUCAAUGCUAUCAAGAUCAUACAACUAUUUCACCAAAGAAAUUCUUACAUUUAAAAAUAAGCUGGGAAAGAUAAUAAUACUGUACGAUGAAGAUGAAAGAUUAGCUCCCGCAGCAGCAACGACUUUUGUACAGAGAGAGGUUGACAACGUUUUCAUGUUGUCAGGAGGUCUCAAAGUGUUGUAUAAGAAGUUUCCUGAAGGCUUAGUCGCUGGUCAAGUACCACAGUCCUGCUGGCCCACCCCUCCACCUUCACGAAAGUCAUCCGGGAAAGCGACUAGCGCGACUAGACCCAGUCCAUGCGCUUCUGCUGACCAGAAAUGGUUUUAUCCGGAGGAUCUGGUGAAACUCCAAGAUAAACUGGAUGAUGAACUUUUGAGUCAAGACAAGAGCAGCCGUCAAAAUUCUCGUUUGUCCAGUCGAUCAGCAGCGUCAUCGGCAAGCAGAGCGUCAACUGCCGCCAGCUCUGCCACCAGUCGCAGCUCGAAACCUGUCUGGAAAUAAUCCAAUAGAUUUCAAGACAUUUCUCUUUUCAGGACCUCAUCCAAGGAAGCGCGUGAAGGCUUGGAAGAAGCCUCAAUUUGCGAAGGGCCAUGUUAACCAGCCUCCAUAGAAGGCCACGUGGUAAAAAAGUUUGCAGAGGUAUUGCGUGGUUUUGACGAUGAAAUGGAUAUUUUGGACAAAGAUCAAUGGACGAAGAGAGCCGUUAAAGAAUUCUCUAGACUGCAGCAUACGUUGGGAAGAAGCUUUACUUGCUUUAGUUUGUGUCACUCAUUUCACAAUCGGGCACUGGUGCUCAAUAUACUCAAUAUGUCCUUAACUUUAUGUUCUCUCCAACCAUUUUAAUAAUAGAUAUUCUGUUAUGAAUGGGAAAGUUUUCCCAUGUUUCAUGGCUAUAAUAACUAGAUAUCGGACGAAUUCGGGAAAACAGGGGAACGUCGGUUGCAGGCGUCUGAGACGUACCACGGUGUGAUCGUAAAACAAACAAACAAACAAACAAACGAACAAAAUCGCUAGCAAAACGAAACUAUCUUGGCUUGGCGUGGUCUACUUCGUCUUCUCUCGGUUCGUUCUACCCGUGAGCUUGGAAACCUGGGUCGAAUUCAUGUAGUUGAGGCUAUUAGUGGAGUACUUGUGGUAAACAUUUUGAAACAUCAAAUAUCCUCUUUUAGACUAUUAAUUUUCAAAUAGUCCUAAAAUAA